CACCAGUACCGAGUCUUUUCCACCUUUUCCGCAGCAGCGAGCGAAAAAAACAACGAAAAAGCGAGAAGCGAUAGAGAGAAGAAACGGAAAAUCCCUUCAAAACCCCUCCGGUCCCUCACCCCCAUCCGCCGCCGCUUUCCUCCCACGGUCCCACCACGCGCGCGGCCGGCGGGCGGCCAACGGCGGGGAGCAGCACCGCGCGAUCGUCACCGACGCUUCCACCUACGUGGCUGUGUCAGAACAAGGUAGCAAAAUGAACAACCACCUAAGCUUCGAGGAGGGCUGGAAAGUCCUGGAACAGGGGAUUGUAAAAUGCUCGAAGAUUUUGGAGUGCACCAGUACAAGGCCUACCGUGAACGAAUACAUGAACUACUAUGAUUGUGCUUACAGGAUGGCUGUGCAGAAACAACAUUACUGUCCAGAAAUGUACAAUGGUUUCAAGAUGAUGCUUGCAGAAUGUGUCCGCACAAUGGUUCUGCCCCAUCUCAUGCACAAGCAAAAUGACAGCUUUUUCAGAGAGCUUGUGAAAAUGUGGUCAAACUAUUGCAUCAUGAUUAGAUGUGUAAUUGGCUUCUUCAGCUAUUUGGACCGCUGCUAUGUGAAGCAGUACAAACUACCAUCGCUUAGCAACACUGCUGCUACCUCUUUCUUUGAUCCAGUCUUUUCCUACUUCAAUGAUGAAGCAAGAACGGCUCUUCUUACUAUGAUCCAACAAGAACGUGAUGGGAUCAGGAUGGAUUCGAGCCUUCGGGAUGUUAUGCAUGGCAUAUGUUGUUCUGAAGCAAAAUCCAUAAUGCAAAAUGCUUUUCUUGAUGAAAUAUAUGGCUACUACUCGGUGAGAAGUUCCGAAUGGAUUAAGCACUACUCCUUGCCAGAUUACCUUGCUAAGGUUGAGGAAAGUAUGGAAAUGGAAACCAAGAGGCUGGCUUACUAUCUGGAAAUUUCAAGUGGGGAUAGCUACCCGCUCUGUUUGCAGGCUGUUAAUGCUCCUUUGAUGGAAACAUAUGUCAGCUAUGUGACAGAGAAACAAAUCGGUGGUCAGCUGAUGCUUGAAACUUACAAGAUUGUUGAGGAGGAACUGCUCGGCAGAUGCAGUAGCUUGACACUUGGUUAACCGGGCAGCGCCGCAGCAGUUCCUUGGACUGAGUGGAGUGGGAAGGCAACCUUGCCUAACAUCCAUCCAUGACCCAGCUUACCUACAGGAGAGCUCUAGAACAUGGCGUGCCUGAAGUAUGACUUUUGCUGUAGCUUGUUUUUGGUACUGCUCAAAGCUACCCCCAGCUUACUCCUAGCGUAGACUUGUUACAAGCAGAUCUAGCUGCCGAUACGAAUGCACGAUUCAGUUGAGGUUUAUGUGGAUGACAUUUGAUUCCCAGGAUCUAGGGCUGUGUAACUCAAGCGUCAUGACCCUUUUGCCUCAUGUUGCGUGUUAUUUGGCAGAAUUUAGAAAUGUACAUGUGGUUUCUGUUACUACCUACCUAAGUACUGGCAGAAUUUAGAAAUGUACAUGUGGCACUUGUGCUUUACUGCCCAUAACUUG